GAUUUACCAUCAUCUUCAACAUCUUUGGACAAUUUUUGUGUGCGUGCAUCUGUUGUGCAGUGUUUUAUUCUAGAAAUGAUAUUCGAUGUACCAAUUCAAAGAAUUUUGGUUUGACGAAACUUUUCUGCACAUCAUUCAAAUCAUAACAUUCAAGAAUGUCAUCAAAAUCGCUCCAACGUCAUAGCAUUUAAAUGAAAACGCUGAUAUAACAAUAUUCAACGAACAUUGCCAAAAACCCAAACAAAAUUUCCUACCGCCAUGUCGUCCACAAUAAUGUGUAAAAAUUUCGUACAAAAUGCGUGGAAAAAAGAUUUAUGUUCAAAUUGUUUUAAAGCACGCGAAGAACAUGAUAUAUUAGCAAUAAACGGUAUCAAAAGUCGAUAUCAAAAUCAAUCCUUACCUCCAAAUGGCCAUGACACAAAUUAUCAACCUCGUAGUAUAAUGAAAACAGUUGAUAUGCAUUCGAAAAAAAUUCACGCGAAAACGACAUCUUCGCCAGUUAAACGUAAUAAUAGCAAUAAUAAUAAUAGCACAAAUAACCCCCGUGUAAACUUUCCUAAAGAUGAAAGUGAGGUAAUUGGUUACGGAGGUGAAGAAUGGUCUUCGGAUACAGAAGAUUUCGAAUUAAGUGAAGAAUCUCCUGAAGAUGAUGUAUAUUUAGCACCCGAAGAUGAUACAGAACGUGAAUUAAUCCGUUUAACAAAAUCCAACACAGAUUUUAAUAUGUGCAAUGCAAAUUUAUUAGGCGAAUCACAACAUUCGGUAACUGAAACACGCCGAGUCUUUGCUAAUUUAAUGUUAGGCAAAACACAAACUGAUUCUGAUGGUAAAAAACAAACAUUACUUGUCUCAGUAACACCCUUUGGUCAAGAUUCUUCACCACGUCCUCAACCCCAAAAAAAGUUAACACAUACACCAAUUGCGAAAAACAAAGAAUCAUUAACAGAAAAUAAAACACCAGUAAUUUUAACAUCGUAUUCGAAAAGUGAAGUUGAUUCACCGAAAUUAUUAUCGAAUAACAAGAAUAAUAAAGAUGAAAAAUCAUUGUUGGAGGAAAUAAAUGAAACGUUAGAAAAGAACAAGAAAAAUAAUGAAACUAAAUUAAAAACGGAAUCGGAUAAAAAUAAGGAAAAUGUUUUACCCGCGGAGUAUAUUAAAACAAAAGCUGAAUGCGUAUUUAUUAACGGCACAAAUAACUCAGAACCAACACGUCAAAAGAAUGGUUUAACACGUCACACGGUUUUGCUAAAACAAGAAAAACCAAGUAUUUAUCAAACUAAUAAUAAAAUUACAAAAGAUUUAAAAAAUACAACGAACCAACAGCAGAUUGAGCUAAAUAAAAGCACGCCAGGUAGCAAAGAUGAAGUAAUUGAAGCUACAAGCCCUCUUCUUGUUAAAACUGAAAUCCGUUUUAUACCAACUGAAGUAUUAAAUUUAAAAGAGAAAGAGGAAGAAUCAGAAACUAAAAUUCGUUUCGAAGAAACUGCUGAAAAAAUUUUAGGAUUACCGCCAAUAUCACCAACGAAAUUUUCUUCAUCAGAUGUAUUCGAUGUGGAAGCAAACAGUCGUGAAUUAGCUGGCGAACCAGAUGGACGGGCUGAUGAUUCACCGGAUAUUGUGAAUGAGCCACCAGCGCUCCCAUUAACACCUCCACCAACAAUUGUAGGAAGUAUUGAUUCACGUCCUUCAUUUUUACAUAGUCCAACAAAACGAAAUCAAACUCAAGAUAAACCGAAAGUACCAGUUAAACCUAAUAAAAUUUUACAAAAAAUAUUAAACCAACCCACGACAACUUCACCAGUGACUCCAACGUUGAUAAACUCUUUGUCGGCUUCAUCUGAUAACAUCGAUAACAACAGUUGUGAUAAUAUUUCCACGGAGGAUUCGUUAAGCGGCGAAAACACUUAUGAAAGUUUAAAAUCACCGUUAACUAAACAAGAUUCCGGUGGUUCAGAUUUAAAUCGAAAACGGCGUGCUCCAAAACCACCACCGACAUCAUCACCAGAAGAAGGAUCUCCUGGAGGAACAACUAUGUAUCAACGGAAUAGUAUAAAUAAUUUAAAUCAUGAUUCGCCGGUGGUCCGAGAAAAAGAGAAACGAGAACGUGCCUCCUCCUGUAGUCCCAAAUUUCGCAAUGGUGUUAAUACAAAUCCCGCUGGUGGUGAAUCCACGCCAAACUUAUCAUUAAUUCCAGAACCAGCUCCACGACGGUCGUUAUCAUUGUCGCAAGACAGUUUAGCAAUAACAUCACCAGCAAAUAACAUUGUUGAACGCCCCGAUGAGAAAAAGAAACAUCGUGGACGAUUUUCGUUAAAGAAAUUUUUACGAAUGGGUAGCAACAAUAGCAGUAAAGAAGUAGAAAAAACUUAUACUACCCAUUUAACGUCAACUAUUUCCAUGCCACAGCCUAGACCACGAUUAGUAAUUGUUCAUCCGACUGAUUUAAUAAAUGGCACCGAAGUAUUAAAAUCUGAUGACACUUUAAGUACUUCGAAUGAAUCGACGUCGAAUGUUAGUAGUAGUAGUGAACGUGAUACACCUUCCCCACCAAGACCAUGUAAACCUCCACCUCCCCCUAGAAAUAAUACUCCAGAAUGGAAAAUGAUGAAUAAAUUACAACCCUUACCACCGAAGAAUGACGAAUUAUUACGUCAGCAAAAAAUCUGGAAUAACAAUUACAUUAAGAAACCAUGUCCGAAAGAAAAUAUUUAUGCGAAUGUUGGCGAAGUGCGUGCUGUUUUAACACCAUCAAAACCAGUGCGUACUGCUAGUAUGCGCGAACGUGAAGCUGCACACUUAGAAGCCACACAAAAUCGACGUAACAAAGAGAAUACGUACAAUGGACUUGAACAUUUGCAACAUCACCAGGUUGAAUUACGUAAAGAUAUAUCACCAUCGUCAUCUCCUACGGAAAAUGUGUAUGAUUUAAUUAAUGGACAGCGUUCAAGUAGUCCAGAAUGUGAUUCGAGUUUGGGUAAAAGUAGUCCUCCAACGAAUAAUAAAAACUUGUGUAAUGGACGUAAUGGUCUUAAUAAUAAUACACCUAGACGAUCUGCAGAUGGUAGUACUAAUGGUUUCUUAGAUAAUUCUUCGGAAUAUUUGAAUGGAAAAUACAAUCAUUUGACAAAUGGAUAUGUUCGAACAACAUCGUUACCGUAUUGUGGUAGCGAAACGGAAUCUGAAAUAUAUUCACCAUAUAGUUUUUAUGGAAGUGAAGCUGAUGUUGGCGAUGAUGAAUCCGAAUGGACGAACACAGGCACAAGAACAUGUCGAUUACGAUCACGAAAAGGCAGAAGCAUUGUUCAUAAAAAUCUUGAAGAUAAUUAUGGAGCAGUUGUUGUUGCAAAUCAUGAAGCACUUGCACAAGUUUUGGAGCAUAUGCAUCAAACCACAAUAAUUCAACCAGCAUUACGUGGACUGAAGACCGCACCAAAUUUACGAUGGACUGAUUUUUCAAUUGUUGAUACAACAAACAGCAAUCAAUUAAAUGGUGGUGGUAAUAAUGGUGGAAGUGGUGGUUUAAAUGGUUGUAUAACAUCAGCAGCAACACGUCAUAUUGGUCGUCGUUGUUUUCAUACAGCAUUAUGGGGUGCACAUCAUGUUACAUUGGCUUUGACAUUAGAACAAGGCUCAAUGCUUCAAACAAAUACGAUUUUAUCACUAGCACCAUUCACACUUGUGCCUAUAACUGAAUUUAGUGAUCUAGUCCCAUACCAUUAUUUACCAAAUAAUAAUAAUAAUACAUCUAUUAAUAAUAAUAAUAACGAUGAAGAUACCAAAAUUGUGCAGGCCACAAUUGCAGUAUUACCGUGGAUGCAAGUUGAUACCAUACAAUCAAUGGGUGCACUAUUACGUUCAAAAUUAUCAUUAUCUAUGACAUCAACGACAGGAGCAUCGAACACGUCCACCAACAACGAAAAUAAUAAUAAUAUUGAACAAUCAGCGUCACGUACUUCAUCCAUCAUGAAUAGUAUAACAAUGAAUAAUAAUGCAGCUGAAGAAUUACAUUGUCGUGAAGCAUGUUUUGUAAUGUUACAAUUAAUUAAUGGUUUGAAAUGUUUGCAAGCACAAGGCAUCGAAGAAUUACCAUUAUCAUUAUCAAGUUUUGCUCUAUGUAGAGAAUUGGAACGGGAUACACAUCCACGAUUAUGUGUUUUACAAGGCUUAUCCGAAGAAAUAUCACGUGUAGAUAUUGGUGAAAAUGGUGGCGAUCGUCUAGGCUCAUUAUGUGAAUGUGCUUUACGAGCAUUAAAUGAAUUAUUACCAAAAUCAGCAUUAACAUCAUUACUAGAAGAUUUAUUACGUCGUGAACGUGCUAUUUCAUUGACACAAGUGAAAUCAGUAUUAGAGUUCACAUUAUGGGGACCAUCUGAUGUUACACUCACAACACCAAUUAAAGAUCGUGAAUUAGCAUUACAACGUUGGUUAGAUUUAGAACGUGCAACUGUUUUACAUGGUUUAGUACGUACCCGAGUACAAUUAACUGUUUUUGAAGAAUGUCAUCUACUAUUUUUAGUACGAAGUACCGCAAAAAUGAUGUGUGAAGCAUCUUUGUUAUUAGAUACAAUUGUUAAAACUUCAUAGACGUUCAAUCAAUCCUUAAAGACUUAUAGGAGAUAAUCCAAAAGGUGGAAACUUCUUCAACCAAGAUAUAGAAUAAUCCAGUAUCUUAAUCUGUGCCAAAAAUAUAUAUGGUAUAACCCAGUCUGUAAUAUCUCAUAAUACAAACUUUCAAUGUAGGUCAAUUAUCUGCUUAUUAACACACGCAACCAAUUGAUUUUAAUCUACCAAGAGUAGAAAACGAUCUAACCUAAUAGAUUUGACAUUUGAUUUAGGUAGAAAAAUAGGUUGAGUACCUCCGGAGACAAUCUCUGCUCCAAAUCAUUAAUAACGGAAUCUAAUAGAAGUAUGUAAAUUGAUUUCCAAAAAUACUCUUCUACCAAUUUCACCUGAUAAUUGUAUCUGUUCGUUUGCUUUGGAACCGUACGUGGAGAUUUUAAUGUAACAUCCAACUGUUAUCUUGCUGCGUACUUUUAUUAGUUUAUAAAUAUUAGUUUCCAUUUGGAUCGACUCCUAAACUCCUUAAAAACUAUAUUAUACCCCUGAU